AAGUUAGGUUGACCACACUAAUCGACGUCACCAAACCCGAGAGAGAGAGAGAGAGAGAGAGAGAGGUUCUUCAAAAGUCACCGGGUGCAAACGCAAUCAGUGCACCCAAAAGGAGGAAAAUGGCGAUCGCCGCCUGCUUCGACCCCUCCCUGUCCCUCGCCGAAUCCACGCACUCCCUCCACCUCCGCCGCCUCCGCGCCUCCCCUCUGCCACCUCGCCUCCACCUCCGCCUCUCCCCCGCCAAGGCCGCUCCCGUCCUCCGCUCCUCUCCCCCUCUCCCCCGCCGCACCCUCCACGGCCGCCGCCACCACCUCCUCUCCAUCGCCUUCUCCAUUCCCGGCGGCGGAGGCGACUUCAUCAACGGCAAUGGGAACUCCGGUGGCGGAGGCGGUGGGGACGACGGCGGCGCCGACAGCGCCGGGGACAGGAACAGGAAGGAGGCGCUCGUGGUCCUGGCGGAGGCCGGGCGGCAGUUGGAGAGCUUGCCGAAGGAUCUGGCGGCUGCGAUCGAGGCCGGGAGGAUCCCAGGUUUAGUCGUGUCGAGGUUCUUCGAGCUCGAGAGGUCGCCGUUCUUCCGUUGGUUGAUGCAGUUUGGAGGUUUCAAGGAAAGGCUUCUCGCGGACGAUCUCUUCCUCGCGAAGGUCGCCAUGGAGUGCGGAGUGGGGAUCUUCACCAAGACUGCUGCUGAGUACGAUAGACGCAGAGAGAAUUUUUUCAACGAGCUGGAAAUUGUUUUUGCAGAUGUGGUUAUGGCUAUUAUUGCAGACUUUAUGCUUGUUUAUCUCCCAGCUCCAACUGUGCCUCUGAGACCAGCACUUGCAACCGGUGCAGGGUCCAUUGCUAAAUUCUUCCAUAAUUGUCCUGACAAUGCGUUUCAGGUUGCUCUCUCUGGAACAUCAUAUUCUGUGCUGCAGAGAAUUGGUGCUAUAGUGCGUAAUGGCGCGAAGCUUUUUGCUGUUGGCACUACUUCUUCGCUAGUUGGCACCGCGGUGACAAAUGCAUUAAUUAAUGCCAGGAAGGCUGUUGAUAAGUCUGCAGCAGAUGAAAUAGCAAAUGUGCCUAUACUGUCGACAAGUGCUGCGUAUGGAGUAUACAUGGCUGUUUCUAGUAACCUCAGGUACCAAGUGCUGGCUGGAGUUAUUGAACAGCGGAUUUUGGAGCCCUUGUUACACCAGCACAAGGUUAUGUUGAGUGCACUCUGCUUUGCAGUCCGGACUGGCAACACAUACUUGGGAUCAUUAUUGUGGGUAGAUUAUGCUAGGUGGAUUGGCAUCCAGUAGCCACAAAGUCAAGAAAAUGGACAGGGUGUCUUUGAUUAUGUUGUUCCAGUAGUCACAAUAACCGAUUGCCUCUUUGAUUGGUACUUAUAUUGAUUGUUUCCUCUGGAGCUGGUGGUUGUUGGUUCCUGAGAUUCUGGUUUUCAGUAUAUAUAUGAACUGAUUUAUUGGAAUCUAUUCCAAUCCUGAAUUGAACAGAAUCCCCUUGAGCACAAAAGGUUGCUGCUCCCUGUCGCUCUGGUUAUUUGGUUGUGGGCCUGUGCCGGUUGAUAACGUCACGAAGGACUAAAAUUUACGAUUUCGGUGUUACCGUAGUUGUAAGUGGUAUAGUCAACAGAUGAUCCGUAGGAGGGAGUUUGAUUGUGCGCGCUGUCUAUUAUGAGGAAUCUUGUCUCAUCGAAUGCCUGUCGAUCCUCAAGUCACGGUGGUUCGAUUCUUCCUUUAGACUGUUUUUAUCUGCCACAAUU